CGCUCUAGUAUAUUUCCUCAUUCAAAGGUCAGUCUUCAUCUCAUCUAUAGUCUCAAGACUCUCAAACUUCGAUUUACUUCAGCCGACUUUCAUAGCCCAACAUGGUCUACUACGCUUUUCUCAAAUGGCAAACCUCAGAGCCAAACUACCGAUACCUACUUGCUGCUCCUAAUGCUGAGACUAUUGAUGAGUGGUGGCGCGAGGCCUCAACUAAAGAUCCAGAGCAUGUCAAGCGUCUUGCCCCUGAUUUCUUUUCUUGGGGCAGUGGAGCCCAGGCUUGGGAUCUUGCUCCUUCGUUCAUAAAUAAGAUCAUGUACACUUUGCUGAAUGAUCGAGAUGGCCGUAUCAUUUCUACAUUCAACCAACCCGAGAGGACUGAUGUCGUCAGUGGCGAAUCUUAUUACAUUCGAUCCAAAUCUAGCCCAGAUCUAUACUGGCUUGCAAAGGAUGGUUUGAUCUAUGCGACCAAGCAGGGCCGCACUCGUUUUCUCUUCCGUCUUGAUGGGGAGCGCGACAGCGAUAGAAACAGGACCGUCAUCAUUGGGAAAGACUACAUCUCCGUCGGUGCAGUUGGAGGAACUGCCCAAAAGUAUGUCAGCGUCAAUGACAAUGGCGAGGUUGUCCUAAGUGGACGUGGAGGCCGCAUGUACUUCAAUGAUCUGAAGAACAUGUUCCUUGCGCAGGGAGAGAUUGAUAACCUUGGAAAUGCUUCUCUCUUCAAGACUGAUGGCUUUGGCGAGGAGUGGGAGCUUGUCAGAUAG